GUCAUCAAUGCCAACUGCCACCAAAUUAUUUCACGAACGUCAGCUAGCUCGUCCAUGCUCUCGCCUCAGCUGUGACGUUAUUAGAUCAACAAUUAAUUAUCAUUGUUAAACAAAAAAAUUUUAAACAUACGUAAACACUUGAUAAUUAUAUAUUCAUAUAGUCAUUUAUAAAUCAAGGAGAAUUUAAAAAAUAAGUAUCAAUUUUUGUUAAAAAAAACCGCAGUCUGGAUAUAGAUUAUUUGUAAUUAAUAUAAAUAAUAAUAAUUGAUAUUAAUAAAUAUGUUUAUUCUUGAUUGGUUUACUGGAGUACUUGGCUACUUGGGCCUUUGGAAAAAAGUUGGUAAAUUAUUAUUCCUCGGAUUAGAUAAUGCUGGUAAAACAACAUUAUUACAUAUGCUCAAAGAUGAUCGUCUAGCACAACAUGUGCCAACAUUACAUCCAACAUCAGAAGAAUUAUCAAUCGGUAAUAUAAGAUUCACGACAUUUGAUCUCGGUGGUCACACGCAAGCACGUCGUGUAUGGAAAGAUUAUUUCCCAGCAGUCGAUGCUAUUGUGUUUCUAGUAGACGCUAGUGAUCGUACGCGACUUCCAGAAUCCCGUGCUGAACUUGACGCCCUUCUUACUGAUGAACAAUUGAGCACAUGUCCUGUUCUUGUACUGGGAAACAAAAUUGAUAAACCUGGUGCUGCGUCUGAAGAUGAAUUGAGAAAUUUCUUUAAUUUAUACGGUCAAACGACUGGCAAGGGAAAAAUUCCACGAAGUGAUAUUUCCGGUCGUCCAUUAGAAUUAUUCAUGUGCUCUGUGUUAAAGAGACAAGGCUACGGCGAGGGCUUCCGUUGGCUCGCCCAGUACAUCGACUGAACGCACUUAAUUAUUAAUAAUAAUAACGAUUAUUAUCAUUAUUAAAAUUAAAUUUCAACAAUAACUCGAUGAUUCGACAAUUAAAAUUAUCAUCAUCAAAAAAAAAAAAAAAAAUUAUUGAUUAAAUAAAUAAACGUUAUUAUUUAAUUUAAUUUAAUUUAAUUGCAUCCCAUCGCAUCGCAUCAGGAUUUUAUUCAUUAAAUUUUAAUUUGUCUUUUUAAUUAUUAUUAUUCUUUAAAACAAAAUAACUUAGAUUAUUAAUGAGACUCAAAAGCAAAUUUAUAUAUAUUU